CAUAAAGAUCUCUUUAUAAACUUCUCUCUUCCGUUACUCACCCUCAUUUUCAUCUCAAUUUGAUUUAAUUCUGAGUUUUUCCCGAUUAAAAUUGGUUAUUGUUACGGUAAACAGUUACUCUAUUAAUUGUCAAGUGAAACAUUGUCCAAUGUUACCAAACUUGCUUAUUGUUGAUACCAGUACAUUACAAACGCAAAACCCAACCGCUAUCUUCAGUGUAAAUAUUUAUUAAGAGUGAUCUUUUUAGUUAUCAUUUCAUUCGUUUACAAUUGUUACCCUUUAAGUUUAGUUGCUUUUACCUUUGAGUAAUCCUUGUCUAGACAUAACCAGACAAGACAAAAGAUUGAGUCAAAGUUCAACCCAAAACGGUUACAAAAAUUAAUUUAUUUACAAGAUUUGUUAGAAGAUAAGAAAAGAAAACGUGAGAAAAGAAGAAACAAAGAAUAAAAAAUGAAUCAUUCGACUGGUUUACAAGUGUUAACAUUGACUGUUAUGCUACUCUUUGUUACCUUAAUCCAUGGUAAUGAUGAUCACUGUGUUAAAGAAUAUUUUGACCAAAAUUCAUUUGUUUGUGUGUGCAAUAUCAGUGUUUGUCCAAACAUCGAACCAGCAACUCCAGUUUCAAAGGGUUACAUUGACUCAUGGGAAUCUUCGCGAGACCAGUAUCGUUUCCAUCGGACACAAUUGUCUAUCAAUGACUUGGCUCGUCCACUCGAGUCUAAUAUGCUUCAAAAGUUGACUUUACCAUACAAAAAGUUACGGAUUCAGAUAAACAUUGAUGACCAAAGGCAAACCAUUCAUGGUUUCGGUGGAGCUAUAACAGAUGCAACUGGAUUAAACUUGCUCAAUUUACCUGUCAAUUUGUCUGACUCUAUUAUGAGUAACUAUUUUUCAAAGAAUGGUCUCGACUAUUCAGUUACUCGCGUCCCAAUUGGAGGAACUGAUUUCUCGACUCGCAUUUACACCUAUGCUGAUGACCAACCAGAUGACUUUGAGCUUGAACAUUUUGCUCUUGAGCCCGAAGACAAACUUUUAAAGAUUCCUUUAAUCAAACAAGCCUUGAAACUAAAGGAAGGUAACCUUAAACUAUUGGGAAGUGCCUGGUCACCACCGGGUUGGAUGAAGACCAAUAACAAUAUUACUGGAAGUGGGUUUCUCAAAGGAUCACCGGGAGGACCUUAUUACAAAGCUUGGGCUAAAUACUAUGUCAAGUUUUUGGAGGCUUAUGCUAAAGAGGGUAUUGAUUUCUGGGGUAUAACUACCCAAAAUGAACCGACUCAGGCAAUUGUUCAUCAAGAAUUUUUCUACAACUGCCUUGGCCUGACUCCACAACAGUUACGUGACUUUGUUAAACUUGAUCUUGGUCCUGUCCUACGUGAUGCUGGCUACGGAACUGAUAAACUUCAAGUUCUUCUUCAUGACGAUAUAAGAGACUUUCUUCCCAGCUAUACAGAGGCCGUUUUAAAUGAUACCGAAGCUGCCUCGUAUGUUACUGGUAUUGGUUACCAUUGGUACAAAAAUGGUCUUGAAGAUUUUUACGAGAAUCUCAAUUUAGUUCACAGCAAUUUCCCAAAUCAUUUCCUUUUCUCUACGGAAGCUUGUGAAGGUUUUGCCCGAUUUAGCACUGAAAGAGCUCAACUUGGUAACUGGACUCGUGCUGAAACUUAUGCCGUCGAUAUCAUUGAGGACUUGAAUAGAUUCACAACUGGAUGGUUGGACUGGAAUCUUGCUCUUAAUACGCAAGGAGGUCCUUCAUGGGCGGAAAAUUGGACUGAUGGUUUGAUACUUGUGGAUGCCAGUAAAGCUACUUAUUAUCGUAACCCAAUGUUUUAUUCAUUGGGACAUUUCUCAAAGUUUAUUCCGCCUAAUUCAGUCUAUAUUGGCCAUGAAGUUCAAGGUGAUUCUCAAGGCGUUUAUGUGGCAGCUUUUAUUGACCCAUCAGAUCAAAUGGUGAUGGUUAUCCUUAAUACAAAUGAUAGUCCUGUUGAUCUUAUUAUUGAAAAAUUUACCUCAGUCUCAGUUCCAAUUGCCAUGGAUGCUCAUUCAAUUAGAACACUAAUCACUCCUCGAAUCUAAGCUUAGGAAGUAUAUUAACGAACAAAAAAGUAACAAUAAUUAUUUUCAUUAUCAUUAUCAUGAUUAAUACAUACUAAAACCUAAACAAAAAGUCAUACAACCUGAAAUGUAUUUAUAAAUGGAGAAACGUUCAAAUUGAAUGGCAAUUGAUCUAAUCAAUUACAAACAAUUUUUAUCUCACUGUAUUUCUUUCAAAUUAUUUUAAAAAUAAUAAAAUAAUAAAUAAAGAGCACUAAUUAAAUGUCCCAUUAA